GAAAGCUACGUGCCUAUCAGUCAGAAACAACGUAUUAGUACGGAAUAAGCGAUAGCAGGGAGAACACUCAAGCGACGAGAUCGUAUGUAAGCAAUGGAUCCCAAACUCCAGGAAUGGGUCGAGAGAACUGCUGUGCCUUUAGAAGCCAAAGGCAGCUUCACUGUGUACCAACUUCAGCCGGAAAUGAAGCACGAAGAUAAGAAGAACAAGGUGCGUGUGUUCACCGUUGGGCCUAAGAAGGACCGAGAAGUGAAGGCGGUGCUCUUGCUGGGGGAGACUGGGAGUGGCAAAACGUUAUUCUGCAACACUUUCCUCAACAGGGUCUUCGGUGUUGCAAAAGAAGACAGAAUUAGACUCAAUUUGAAAGACCAGAUGGACCCAGCCAGUAAGAAUCCAAUAUACAGUCAGACGGAAUAUAUAUCAGUUUACUUGAUCUAUCACCAAGAUGGGAUGCCAUAUGAGUACAACUAUAUGGUCAUCGAUACACCGGGAUUCGGUGACACAGGAGGUCAGGACAUUGAUAAAGUUAAUGACAGUUGUUUCCGGUUUUAUUUGUCAGAUGAAACUUGGAUUAAACAUCUUAACAGUGUUGGCAUAGUCUGGAAAGCUUCAGACCUCAGGUAUACUGAAAAAAACAGAAAAAUCCUUAGGAUGAUGCGGGACCUUCUGUGCUUUGACACUAAGGCCAUAACAGACGUUCUCAUGACAUUCACAGUCAGUGAGAAUACAAAUGCCCUGAAAGUUAUUGAGGAGGCUGGAAUAGAGUAUCAAGAGGUAUUCUUCUUUAAUAAUGAGCCUAUAUAUUCAACUUGCCCACAAGAUGAUAAGAGGGAGAAAAAGUACACAAUUCAGUGGGAAGAGAUGGUAGACAGUCAAGGGAAAUUCCUUGAUUCUCUGAAUAAGAGAAAGGCUGUCGAUCUCAAUAUCUCGGGAAGACUUUUGCUGAACCGGUUGAAGUACAACUCAGAGCAGGAAAGUCGCAAACUUGGCCUGCGGGGUAAGCAGUUGCCAAGAGUUGAUUGGAAUAGUGUAAAGGUGCCGGAUCUUAGCGAAAAUAACAUACUUUUGGAUGAUGGCGAACACAGCCACUUCUGCAUCAAGUGUAAACGAGUAUGUGAUUCUGAGUGUAGAAAUGACCACAAAUCUCAUUCCUGGCAACGAAAAAUAGGAUAUACUGGGCAGUUAAUAAAUGGUGCAGCUACUAUACUGGCUACAUUAAUGAAUUAUAUGCCUACUGGAGAUGGAUUAGAGGAAAUUAAAUUUAUUGUUCCAUAUGUAUCCGGGCUACUUGUUGGUGUAGGUGUGGUGGUAGGAGCAGUUUUCUAUUUUAAGAGUAAAAAGACGUCUCAAUUUCACGCUACUGAGGGGAACAACCCUUGUCCGCAGUGCAGCCACCUUGGCACUGAUCACGAAAUUAGAGAAAAAUAUAUAACCAAAGAUGCCAAUUUCGACCUCAAAAUGGAAAUUGCCAAGAAGGAUCAAUAUCUGCGUGUAGUGGGAAAGGAAGCCGACAUUGAAGCCGAAAUUAACGCUUGCAAACCAAGAUUGAAGGAGCUAGGAGUGCAAAUUCUGAGUUAAUUUGCCAUAUCAGGCAAUAUAACUUUCAGAAGAGUGAGCUACGGCGUGAUUUGAAUGCCAUAAAACCAAGAAUCAAGAAACUGGUUGACGGCAUGCAACUUAUUGGAAAGGGGAUACAAAUAGAAGCAUUUCAAUUAUACGUGUGGUGACUUAUGUUUGUAAUAUGCAAUGUGUACUUUGUCUUUGUUUUAUUAUUCAUUAUUCUUGAUGUGGAUAUUAUUUUUAGGGUCUUGCGAUUAAUGCAUCAUUGAAAACAAAUUGUCUUUAUGUUGAUACUGCAUAGAAUCAUAAUAAAGAUUGUUUCCACAAAAAAAAAAAAAAAAAAAAAAAAAAAUCAACAGCAUUAGUGUUAAAAUUGAAAGAAAAUAGAAUAAAAAAUACUGGAGAUAUUUUAAAGGUGAAUGAAAGGUAUAUUCUGUUUAAAUGAAUAAGAAAGACACCGACGAAUUGCAUCGAUGUGGGAUACGGAAUAUGUGGUUUGGUAGUUUUAUAUUAUAGGAAAUGUUUAAAGCGUUGCAUUCUGAUUAUAAAGACCAUUUUGAUCAAUACAUUUUAUAGGAUUCGUAUAUAUGUGUUUGAAGAGUUGUAUUUUGAUUAUAGACUAUUUUGAUCAAUACAAAUAGAUUUUGUAGGAUUAGUUAAUUCAUCUGUUUAAAGAGUUACAUAUUGUUCAUAAAGAUUGUUUUGAUCUAAACAAAGAGAUUUUGUAGGAUUUGUUCAUUUAUAUAGGUUUGAAGAGUUGCAUUUUGAUUAUAAAGAUUGUUUUGAUCUAAACAAAGAGAUUUUGUAGGAUUUGUUAAUUUUGAUUAUAAAGACUGUUUUGUUUUAUACACACAGAUUUUCAAAUAUAGCACGUAGAUAGCGUGUAUUUUCAAAUCUUCCUUUUUCUUUAACAAUUUUCAUAGGUAUUAUAAUUACCGAUUUAUUGUAAGGAUGUUGGAAUUAUUAACUCUGUUAUCAUUAUUAACUCUGUUAUCAUUACUGAUUAUAACAAGUGUGUUUUGACUUCUAAUUCUGCACCAACAUUUGCACUAAUGUACUUUCUUGUCACAUACGUCGUAUUAAAUGUGGAUGAAAUA